GAUUUCACAAAAAUCAAGACCGAAUAUAUAAUUUUAGAUAUAAAUUAAGGAGUCUGAAUGCAACUGAAGGUGUAAACAAGAGGAAAUCCUCAAUAGCUGUGGAACUUGAAAUUCUUUUAGAAAGUGAUUAUUCCGGAGUUGGUUAAGUGCUGGAUACUGUAGAAAAAGUUGUGAAGUGAGACAGUACCAACUUUGUCUUUCAGCUGCACUUAAGCUGUCUAAAAUUGUACAGACUGGGUGUUGGCCACUGUCAUGUUCCUUUUCUGCAAUUGCCUGAAUGUGCAAAUCCACACGAAAGGAAAUUCUGAACAAAAAGUAGAAAAUGAGACAAUUGGUGUUGUUGGUGAGAAUGCCAAAGAUUCAUUUUUUCAAUCAGACGUAGCAGAGGUGAUACUUGACAUAGGGGGCAUAACUAAGGAACAACCCAUGUUGUGUAAAAGCCACCAGGUAGGGAAGUGGAAAAUAUGGACGUGCAGCUGUUGUGGGAAGGAUACUCAUGCCCUCCAGGGGAAGGAAGGCGAAGAGAAAGUUCUGGUAAAUCUAACCUUGGAGAAAGGGUCUAGCCAGGUUGCAUCUCUAAUGAAAUCUGAAAAUUAUUCAAGGUUGUUUAAGAUCAUUCUUCCUUCAAGGUCUCUCCAUCUGGACAGAAAAGCAUCAGCUGAAGAAUAUGUCAAGUACAACCAUUUGGAGCCUGCUCUGACUGUUGUGCAACAACAGGUGUCACGUUUCCUGAGACAAGAACAGCAAUCAAUGCAAGAAAGGAUCAGGAAAUACACAGAACAGCAACAAAUUGAGUUUGCCAAUUUACAAGCCAGAGCACAUGAAGACAAACAGAUUAUGGUGUAUAUGCUAGCAGACUUGCAGGAAAAACAGGUAACAGAUUCACUGGCUGAUGCAAUGAUUGAUAGUCCUUUGUCACCACCUCUUACACCCAUGACAGAAGAACAGGAUACAGAAUUUGAUGAGUUGUCUUCAGGAGAUGGAAUGGCUGGUCAAGGAGAAAGCAGAGAUAAGUUUCCCCAGGCAACCAUUAAAGUUUCCCAGGCUCUUCAGCAGGGAAAACUAGUUUAUUCUCUACCAAAACCAAUGCAUGGUCGAAAUGUGAAUCGUUUUAGAAAGAAACAUAUGCAGCCUUCCAGAAUGGCCAAAAGUGUCGAUACGAAUGCAAUGUUUGAUAUAGAUGGUGUGGACAUGGAAGAAGAUACUGCCCCAUUUUAUACAACUGAUGACGAGGGAGACACUGAUGUGUCUACAGACAGCAGUGUUUAUGAUGAAGCCAAUGCUAUGUUUACCAUUAACAAGUUUGCAACUUCUCUGCCAAUCAGUAUGCCUGUUUGGUCAACUGCUAAUCACUCAAGUGGGUCUGAUGAAGAAGAAAAGUUGCCAGCUCCUGAUGACCCUGAACAAAUGGUAGCCAGCAUUAAGGCUCUAGCAAUGAGUGUUCAUGAUGGUACAGAAAUGUUUGGCGAUCUUCCCAAGAGACGACUGAACACCGGUGAACUUGUGAAGUCUCGGCCGAUAUGAAGGCACUUUGAUAUCAGUCUGAAUCUCGGUUAAACUGCAAAUGGAAUGUAAUCCCAAAAAAUAACUUAAGCUUAUCUAGGCAUUACUUCCAAUUUCAAAGAAAUAUUAAAGGUGAAUGUUGGUAAAUAAGUUUUUCUUAAAUUGCAAAGUUGCUUUAAUAGUUUGUACUUCUGUGUAAGAUGGUAUCAGCCCAAAGGUGUUGAUGAAGCAUGGAUGUUGAAUAACUUAAAAUGAAAUGCAGGCUAUUAAGUUGACAAAUAAAUAAUCUUUUAAUGCAUUGGGUAUGGUGAGGUAGUAUGAAGUGCACUACUGAAGAUGUAUAGUUAUGCUCGUAAGUAAAAGGGAAUUAAAAUGUUUUGAAGUAUACAAUUCCAUUUGCCAAGUGGCAUGUAUUGGUCAAAAAAAUAAAACCAAGUGAAAGUCUGUUAAAAUAUGUUAUUGGAAAAAACAAAAUAUUUCAUUCAACAUUUAAGUAGUAUUUACUGUUUAUACAUACUAACUUGAAAAUCUAGUUAUAGUUUUUCAACUUACUUAGUAAUUACUAAGUGUAUUUGUUUUAUUUUUUCAUACAUGUUAGGGCACUUUUGAUAAUAAGUUCAUAGAUGAUCCAUUUUCAUUAAAUUAAGUUCUAACUACUUAGUCUUUCUUUGGUACCUAUAAUUUUUUUAAUCAUUGCAUCUUUACAAAAUCCUGAACAAAUCAUUCCUUACCUCUAUAUUAGCCUUACAUCAUUUAUACUUGACUGGUUAACAUGUCAUAGCAGUGAGAAUAAUGUAAAAGUGAUUUGUUCAGGAUUUUGUCCAGAUGUAAUGAUGAAAGAAGUCUACAUCAGAGAGUCUUUAUUAAUUAAAUGUUUAAAACCCCAAAUUAAUGAAGUAGGAUCAUUCAAGAACUUGUUAUUGAAAUUGUGAUAAUAUCCAGCAAAUUGUUUUUCAUGUUAAGACAGUAUACAUGUAAUCCUAGAAUUUGUUACCCAGAUACUUGAGACUUCCCAAUUUUAUAAAAUAACUUUUUUUUUUGACAAACUUCAAUCUCUUUAAAGCUUUACUCAUAAACAAAAACUGUUUAGUUUCUUUUUUAAAACUGCGUUUUACAAAUAGAACCUGUUUUGUUUUUUGUAUUCAAAGUGAGAACACCUUUAUAUUCUUGUAACAUUUUUUGUGUGGUUUGUAGAACAACCCAUAUGUGUUUCAUAUUUGAAAGAUCAAGUACAAUAUGCCUAAAUUGUGAUGAAGCAAAAUUUUCUGACAUUGUAUCUUGUAUAUAUAUCUAUUCGAUCUUGGUUCUAUAAACUUGGGUCCUUUUUUUUUUUUGUUUUUUAGUUGUAAAAUAUUAAAUUUAUAUCGUAUCAUAGUGAGACUAGGAAUUAUAUGUGCUUUACAAGUAUUGAAUCUGAGAAGUAAUACGUUUUGUGGUGUGGAGGUCUGUAUUAUAAAAUAUGAAGAGUUAGUGUUUUCUCCUAAAGGCAUUUGUUUUAUUUGACUUAUGAAAUACAGAUGGAGAAAAAUCACUAAACUGUGAAAUUAUAAAGCUGAAAAAAUGGGCAAAAUAAGAUAAUUUCUAAAAUAAUGGUGGUGAAUCUUUGUAUGAGGUGAACAGUUGAUUCUUUUGUCGUUUUUUUUUUAUCAUAUAUGAUGUAAGAAAACUUUUUUUGCUUUGUUUUUGAACAUAAAUGACAAAAUGAAGCAGUUCUUUCCAAACUUUUCUAAAAAUACUUGUUGCCUUUAAGAGGAUCAAAACGUUCAACUUUUAUGAAGUAUAUUUCAAUGAAUGUUAAAAAUUGAUUACACUGGAAAGUUUAGCUUUCAUUUGAACCCUUUAUUAAUAGUGACUUACCCAUUCUUUAAGUGAAUGUUUAACAAUAACACUACUGCCUUAAUAAAUUUGUGGACAUGGAAACCUAUGUUUAUAUGUGUCUGUAUGCUUGUAUGAUGGUUCUAGUUUUUUGGGUUUUUUUUUUAUCAUUGCUUGUAUGAUGUAGUGCACAUCUUAAUGGAUUACUGACCAGAUGAUGCCAGGUUUUCACAUAGUGUCUAAAUAUUUGUAGAUCUGCCGUUGCUUGUAAUAAUGAUCUUUAAACAAGUGAGGAAACUUUAAGAAUUUUAACUCAAAGUAUUUGAGGUUUUUUUUCUUAACAGCAAUUAAUCUUCAAGAAAUUGAAGAUCCAUUUUGUCAUUUGUUUUCUUUUACAUUUUUUGUUAAAGGUAAAGGGUUUAUUUGGUAACUUUUAGUUGUGUGGUAUUUAGGUCACGUUAUUGAAAUAUGUUUAGUUAAAUGUUGACCAAAACUUUGUUUUAUUGGAAUAAUUGAAUUAAUAGAUGUACUGUUGUUUUUUUUAUACAUUCACACAGUGUAUAAAUUAGGGAGUAAACAUUCCCUCGGAAAAUAUUUAGAGAAAUGCCUAAGCUUCCAUGAUAAUUUAACUUCCAAUCUGGAGUUGGGUUUGGAAUAUUUUGGAAAUAACAAAAAAAUCGGGAAGUUCCACUUGUUUUCUUAGACUGAUACAUGAUUAAUUGUAUACAUAUCUCAAGAGGUAGUAAGAUUAAUGUGUUGUGAAAACUGCUUGAAUCGUAGGUUUUGUUGAUAAAUGUUGCCAUGUGACCAAAACCUUUUACUCUCAUCUGUGCCAAAUCUGAUUUUUCCAUGAAUUAUUCUAAUGGAGGAAGAAAAAUAAAGUGAUAUAUUAUUAUGGAUUGUGCCUGCGGAUUCACAGAUAAGUAAUACAUGGAAAAAAAAAAUAUAUAUAGAUUAAAGAUAUAUCAGUGUACUGUUUAUUAGACAUCUAAACCAGUGGUGUUUAUUAAUUCACGUGUUGCUAUAUCGAAUAAUCUAUUUAAGAAAACUUUUGGUGGUGAGAACUUUAUGUUCCUAUCAGUUUUUGGAUUUGCAAAUUCACCAUUUGAAAAUUUGCAUGGAUUAAGGAAAUAUACAGGUAUUUUUGUGUUCAGCAUAAAGUUUGUAUACACAUGUAGUAGGAAUGUCUCGAACAAUAAGUGUUCUUCCCAGUUUAUUCAUAGAUGAUGUAUGUGUACUUCAUAUAUAUUAUGAAGAGAGGUCAAAAAACAAUCUUUGGAAAUACUCCAGGAAUAAAGCAGUUCAUUAUUUGCUUCCUGUAUGUGUACAGGGAAAGAAAUGUAGUAAGUUUUUAUUUAUCUUGUAUAACUGUCAAUAGUGGCAGCUACAACAGUCAGUAAAAGUUUCAUACAUUUUACUUAACUGAACAAUCAGGUUUUAUAGUGUCUGAAGUGAGAUCUUGUAUGUGGGAUGUUUAAAAAAUGUUAAACACUGAAUUACUACAUGUAUUUUUAAUGUUUAGUUUUCUUUCCCACAAUCCUGAAUGUUUGUUCAACUAAACAUUUUAAACUGUAUUCAUAAUAAUGUAUUAUGUAUAUUUACAGGUGGCUUACAAACCUUUUCCACCUAGCCUAAUGGGCUGUAAAGGCAUUUGACACUGGUGGACUGUAACAAUUUAUUAGUAAUAUAGAAAUCUUAAUUUUAGAAGAAAAAAUUCCAUUGGUUUAAGCUUUAGUUUCAUAUUACUAGUUUAACGUACAAGUAAAAUCUCAGCUUAAGUCUUAUUCUUCAUGAAGCUAUAAACGUGAUUCCCACGUAAUCUGGUGAACGAGCCCUAAUUCUGGGGUGUAUCAAAUUUUCUCACAUAACAUGCUGGCUUUUGUUUUCCUCUUUUAAGUUUGUAGCUACAACUACAUAUAAAUUUUUAUUAUACUGUUAUUUCAUUCAAAUUAUCACAGAAUUGGCAGUUUUAGCUUGUACAGUUCUCUAUUCAACCCUACAAGUAAUUAAAAUUAGUUUUUUGUUUUUCUUUUUACAUUUAACAAUAUUUAGGAUGUCUCCUCAACUCAGUAUUAUCAAGUCAAUUGAAGACUAAAAACUGUGGUUAAGUCUGGAUUUGUUGUUGUGUCACUAUUCUUGUAAGAGACUGGGUCCAUGUUAUCUAGCUUAUAUUAUGAAUGAACAAGAAUGAAAAUAAUCUAGUUUAACGUAGUUUAGAUACAAAAUAUGCAUCUAUCUAUGACGUAUAGUUAUUGAAUGUCAUUGUUUACAAUGGCAAUUUUGAUAACAUAAACUAUGAGCCACAUAUUAUCCUAAAAAAUCUGAAGUACAGGUGUAACUAGUCACUUUUGCUUUUUAUUUGUCAAUACCCCACAUGGCAGGAUGGAUAACUAAUUUUUUGCUAAAAGUAUUAGAUGUAUAAACAUAAAUUACUACUACAUGUUAUAAUGUAUUUUUGAAGUUAAUACAUUUCAUAUGUAUGUGAUAACUUAGUUAAUGGUACAAGCAUUUUCAUUCUUUAUCAUUUUAUUUUCGUCUCACACCUUUAACAAUAUUCUCAAAUAGUACAGCAUACUGUGGCAAUACAAUUUUUACCCAUGUUUGUCAGGGGUGUGAAAUGACUUCAUAAGUGGCACUAGACCAGACAUGUACCAUGCUGGAUAAAAACAAGUGGGAUGCAAGGGAUUACUUAGAUGCCUGGAAGAUGUUUUUUUAAAGUGCUCCAAAAUGAAAUCUAAGUUCUCCUUGCCUUAAAAUGUUGUAAUGGAACUUAUUUUUACUUUGAUGUGCUUCUCAGUUGUUAAAUAAAAUACUAAUGCGCAAGAGAAAAAAAAAACUUUUACGUAAGAUAGCAAAUUUUGGCCCUAACUGGAAAAAGUUACACUAGUUUCAGUUCUGUGUCUCAGAAACAUUAAAUACUGAUUAAUACCAGUAAAUAAAAUGCAAGUACAAUGAAAUUCAGAAGUAUUAUCACACGUAGAACUUUUAAAAAUUGUAUGUGGUAAAAUGUCUUUUUUUUUUUUACAUUAGACUAAAUGAAAUAACUUCUCUUUUUAUCUUGUACCUUACCCCACCUGUUUAUUGAGUCACAGUCUUUGAAAAAGUUUGAGUGAUAAAAAAUCUCCUUAUUGGUCAAAACUGUAGAAAAAUUAUUACUGCAGCCAAUUAUGAUUCUUAGAGACACUCAUUACUAGUAGUAACAUAGAGAACUGUUGUAACUACAGUUGAUCCACUGGGGGAAUGGAAAUAUAUUAACAUAGUAUUCAAGUAAUGAAGAAGUGUAGGGAAGAAAUUAAAAUAUUUGUAGUGCAUAGCACACAUAGUUCGUGGUGCACUAUUAAUGCUACAUCCCUGAUGUAUUCUAAAGUCACACGAGUUUAGUCGUAGUUUUUACUUGUACGCACAAACUUGUUUGUUAAAUGUAGAAUUGUAUAACCCAUUUUAUAUUACUGCAAAAGAAAUUAAUAAAAUGUAGCAAAACAUGCAUGUGUAUUACACUAUUAAAUCUGUUUUUAAGGUGGUGUUUUCCCACAUUCUAAACUUAGGUUCUUCUGGUGAGGAAAUUAUUUGUUAAAGAUGCUUCAAAAAAUUGCUUCACGUAAUAAGUGAUCAGUUUAAAUUUGUAAGGUUCAUGUGCAUGAUCAGUUAGCUGAAUAAAUUUUAGUAAGAGGUUCAAAUAUUUUAAUUUGUUGUCAUUAAAGAUGGCUUUAGAAUAACUUAUCUCCUUUUUAGUCAUGGGGUUUCUUUUGAUAUGUAGUUUCAUUUUAUUGAACAUUACCUAAAAAUCCUUUUUUUAAGCAGCUAUCACAAGUUAAAAAAUUUGUUAAAUAAGCAACUAACUGUUUCAAAAGAUUGCUUCAGUUUUUGAGCCAUUUUGGCAACACAAAUAAUAUUGCAUAAACAUGUUUAGAGAAGAAAAAAUAACUGAACUAUAAGUAACUGUAAAAGUCAGUUGAAAGUAUCCCUGAGAAAAAUCAGUGUAGGAAAUUUUAAUUUUUAAAAGAAAAUUGUUAUAUUGAUUUACAUGAUUAUCUUACUUGUACAUUCUAUUAGUUAAUUAUUAUGCCAACUUUAACUCCAACAAUGUUGAAAUGUUCACAUCAACAUACUUGUAUUGACUUCCAUUUGUGACAGAUUAAUCCUAGUAAUGUUUAACUGUGGUUUGCAUUAAUAACAAGCUUAAGAUGUUUUUCUUUGGUGUCAUGAUAUAAGUUAAUCAUAUUGUUUUGCUCUAGUAUAAAAGUUUCAGCAUGUUAUCUACACAAUUGUAUAUUCUCCCAUACUUGAAGAAAAAAGGUGACAAGGAAGAGUAUUUACACUGAUAAAGCUUGAAAAUACAAGUCUGAUCAACUUUGAGAUUUAUACAUGUGAAUGCAACUUUUAUCUUGGUUAAUGAAAAUUUCAUUUUUUCUGAAGUAAUUGUCACUUUGUUAUUACAUAAUUUCAAACAUUUUUUUUCUGUGAAUGUAGUCAGUGUGGGACACAGUUAUUACAACCUUCUAUAAGUUUCUUGAAUUUUCUUACUUACACAGAAGUGCAUUGUGAUGUUUUUCCUAAGCUUCUUGUUAGUGUUAGUUUUAUUGAAGUAUUACACAUUGUAUUACUUUUAUUGAGCAUUGAAAUCACUGGGGUAGAAUAGUUCUGGAACACUUGCAUUUCUUUGUCAUUGAACUGUAAACAUCUUUCUAAACAGGCAUUACUCAAUAAUAAGGUAAUGCCAGAAACAUAAUAUGGAUACCUUUCAUUUUGUUUUGCAUUUUUCUGUAACCAUUUAGUUUAAGAUUGACAGACUAAUGCUAAUUUUGAAAUGUCAAAGUAACUAAGUGCUACUUACUUGAAGUUCUGAAUUUUAAAGAUAUAAAACUUAAUAUUGUAAAUAAAAUUAGCAAAUGCCUAAACUUAUUUUUUGUCUUUAACUUUGAACAUCAACUUAUUGUUCUAACAUUUGAUUGUAGUUUUAACUCUUAAGCCUCACAUUUAAGUUUGAUAUUUGUAAUGGUUACUGAGCUGUUAUAGACUACAAUAAUACAUGAUUAACUCGAGCAGUUCUUCUUGGUUCUUAAGCUUUUCUUUUUUAUUGUUUGGAUACAAAUACUGAAGUUUAAUGUGAGGAAGACUCAUUUCUUAACGAUUAUUUUUCCCAGAAAAAUGGAAUGUUGGCAGCAUAAAUUAGAAGAAUCAUUUUCACACUGUAAGCAAUGUAAGAUGAUGAAAUAAAAAGGUUUGUCUGGAAUAAA